UGGUGGUGGUGGCGAUAUCUGGGGGGGGCGGAGGGGCAGUUGCCGCCGCCGUGCGUGUCGAGCCUGAUCCCCUGCGCGGCCUACGUGAACUCGACGCGUCCCCCGCCGGAGACGUGCUGCGAGCCGCUGAGGCAGGCGGUGGACGCCGACCUGCAGUGCCUCUGUGCGGAGCUCAACGACCAGAGCGUAUUGAAGGCCUUCAACGUCACCACCGACCAGGCUUUCCGCCUCGCCAAGUCCUGCGGCGUCUCCGAACUCAGUGGUUGCUCGGGCGGUACGUAUAAUAUACGUAUGCAUAUAUGUAUGAGAUGGGUUUCGAUAGAAAAAGAAUACAUGGAAUCGGCCAUCUGUUCGAAAUCCAACGGCUGA